GAAAAAACCCCAAUCCCUUUAGCAUUUGGUCUGUGUUUUCCUCUCAGUGGAGGCAGCGAGCGAAAUCCAUCGACACGGUAUCGAUUCUUCUUCGAUGUUGUGGACGAUUGUGAAUUGGAUGAUCACUUUUAUUCCAUUAUAUCUGUCGAAGCAAUCAUCAGUCCUUGAAAAGAAUCGGUAUCUUGAGAAAGUCUAGAAUUCUCUAGUGCUGUGAGCUUGCUGCGCUGAGUUGAAUUGGUACCCGUUAAGGAAUCGAUUCCACAUCAAAAUUGCGUGAGGGCUUGUGAUUUUAAGAAUCGAAAUUAUAUUUCAAAUCCAUCAUUUCGAGAGAGUGGUAAUCGAAUUGGCACGGAUUAGGGCGUUAUAGUCGGUGAAGCUGUCCAAUCUUGCACUUGAUAGGUGGCGCAGCUGCGUUGCAUCACCUUGGAGGAGAGCUUGUGGGUGGAGCACGGGCUGUGGGUGGAGCACGGGCGGGCCCCUCCACUCGAUGAGAGAAGCGCUGUAGGCGUGUGGCCGAGUGUACAUCUCGGGAAGUGACUGACACUGGUGGUCGCCGCUCUUCAGAGGAGCCGGGACAGAGGGCCUCAUCCGAGGCACAUCGCACAUUUGAGCGCACCCCAUAUCGUCCCAACCUAGUUCCGCUUUGCCCAUUGCUGCCGUGGGGGUCGACAGUAGAGUCCCCACUCAUUAACAGCUUCGAGAACACAGAAAAAGCUGAGAGCUUUUUUGUUCUUUUACGAAGCAAUGUUUCCACAAAUGGAUCUGACGAAGAUGGACCCUGGAACACUCACUUUACUAGGGGCAGCAUGCUGUGUGAUUCUGACCAUGCAUUUCACCAUACAGUUACUAUCGCAACAUCUUUUCUAUUGGAAAAAUCCAAAGGAACAGAAGGCUAUAAUAGUUAUUAUCCUUAUGGCUCCUUUGUAUGCUAUAGACUCCUUCGUUGGUUUGGUAGAUAUUCAGGGCAGCAAAGCCUUUUUCACUUUUCUGGACUCUAUUAAGGAAUGUUAUGAAGCUCUUGUGAUUGCCAAGUUCAUGGCUUUGAUGUAUAGUUACUUGAACAUUUCUCUCAGUAAGAACAUUGUGCCAGACGAAAUUAAAGGAAGGGAGAUCCAUCAUUCUUUCCCUGUAUCUCUUUUUCUGCCUCACACUAUCCGGUUAGAGCGCCAUACAUUGAUGCUUCUAAAGUACUGGACAUGGCAAUUUGUUGUAAUUCGGCCUGUCUGCUCCAUUCUAAUGAUUGCAUUACAACUUCUUGGGCUGUACACCACUUGGAUCAGCUGGACUUUCACCAUCAUACUGAACAUUUCAGUUUCCAUGGCAUUGUAUGCGUUGGUGAUUUUCUACCAUGUGUUUGCUAAGGAACUGGCACCACAUAAGCCUCUAACGAAAUUCAUGUGCAUCAAAGGAAUAGUCUUUUUUUGCUUCUGGCAGGGAGUUGCACUCGAUGUGUUAGCUACGGCAGGAGUAAUUAGAUCACAUCAUUUCUGGCUGGAUGUAGAGCAUAUCGAGGAAGCCAUACAAAAUGUCUUGGUGCUUUUGGAAAUGGUGGUUUUCUCUGUCCUCCAGCAGUAUGCUUAUAAUGUUGCUCCUUAUACAGGAGUUGAUGCAAGAAAGUCCAUAUCUGACAAGAAGAACGAGUAAUGAUGUUCCAAAAGCUAAGAUACAUAAGUCCCCAUCUUAUAUUAUUUCGUUGCUUUUGUGCUUCGUUCCCAUUUUGUCUUCUGGAAGUUGAGAUUAUAAUAUAACUCUUUGGAAUAGAACAGAUGUAGUAUGUGCUCAUAUUUUGAACAAAUAUGUUGCAGAUCCUUCUGUCGUUGCAUCCUUUA